AGUUAUUUAUUUAAGAAAUAUAUUUUUUGGUUUUCCUGGUUAACCAUGAAAUCACAAUUCAUAAUAUAUACGGCUGUAACAGUUCUACAGGUUUUUGAUGUGUUCAUCAAUGGGAUUUCAGCAGCGAAAAUAGAGCUCCAACCCGGAGCAAAAUUAGAUAAACCAAACAAUGAGUUAGCAAUGAAACCAAUCGCACUGAAAUCAAAAAUCACAAUUAGAUCAGUAAAACAACCUGUGACUUUCAAUCAACCAGACGACAGCAAACCUGAAAUAAAUCUAAACAACGUUGAUUCGGAUGAAGCUGAACCGCCAACGACCAUCAAAGAAUCGGGUAGAAGAGUUGUGAAAACGGCUAAGAAAUUAGCCAGCAAACGGGGAGCCAAUUUAUUUAACGGUAUUACCGGACUUAUGAAAAGGACCGACAAUACAAUCGACUUCUUUGGAAAGUUUGUACGAGACCGGGCGAACAAUGUGAAAGAUGUGGCUAAGGAAAGUUUUGGAUUGUUAUCGGGACUCAGCAACAGUUCAACAAAUGGAGCAAAAAAUGUAAUAAGCUCCGCUAAAGUUAUUGGUAACGAGGGUUCGCAGGUAAUGUAUUCCACGUUGCAAAAGUCUACAAAUUUGGGUAAAAAUUUAACGAAAUUGGGAGGGACUGUUAUUACCACGCCGAUUUCUAUAGGCGAAAACGUAGUGACUGCCGCCAACGGUAUUGCCAGAAUUCCAAGUAGAUUAUCGAGAAAAAUUACUAAUGGUGGAAUUAAGCCGCUUUUAAAUGCUUAUUUACCAGAUAGCGACGAAAAUACACCCGAAAAUGAAAUUGAAGAAAAAAUAGAAGAAGAAAAUAUUAAGCCGCCGCCCACAGUCAAAGCUCCGCCAACUCUACAGAACAAGCGGAAAAUAAUAAAUAAAAAACAGUCACAAUAAUGGUUCAACUCAUAAGCUUAUAGAUAAUUAUUAUAUUGUCAUAUUGAUAAUAUUUGUAAAAAUGUUAAGGAUAACAAUAUGUCAAUAUAUAAAAGUAUACACCUACCUCCAAUUGGCUGGCAUGCGGGUUGUUAAAAGGGAAUAGGCACUUUAAAAAUCACUAACUACCUACUUUUCAAGAGACGAAAAAAAAAUAGUUUUUGUUUGUGUAUGACUGCAUUGACUGGAAAAAAUUUUCAAUUAUUAAUUUAAGAUAUGAACAUUUUAAAAAUCAAAUAUUUUAAUCAUGAAAUUUACAUAGAACAUUUUAACAUUUUAUUGUACGAAAUAUCGUGGCAACUGAAUAAUGCCUUAUUCCCUUUUACGCGCUCACUGCAAAACAAUAAAAUAUUGUACUGUUUAAAUAAAUAAUAUAAAAUAGUAAUCACUUAUUUAUUACAUAAAUAAUAAA